CUCUUCGUAAGGAGUGUAGAAUAAACAAAUACAUUUAUUUUGUAAGUGACGCAUUAAGUUACACUUUUUAAGACAACAAAUACAACAAUACAACUCUAUAUUUGUUGUUAUUGACGUUUAAUCGAUCUUUUAGUUGAAUAUUCAAACACACCAGUACCGGAAGUUGUCAUUGGUUCGUUGGUGGUGUUUUGGUUGCUAAGCGACGGGUUGCCGAUCGAUCGAUUAAAGAUGUCGUCGAGUUUCUCCGCAAACCAGUAUGACAACGCUUUCAAAUCGAAUAAACUCCAGAACUGGACGGUACCAAAACACUACAAAAAUGAGCCGUCUCCAGCAGAGGGCCACACUCUAUUUAUAGCCACAGACAGAGGACACCUGCUUCCUGGUGUGAAGCGUGGAUGUCCCUGGACUUCAUUCCAGGGGACCUGGGACUUACCGAGGCAUAUCCCUCCAGUUCACCUUAACCCUACGGCGCGUUCACAGGAGGGUCAGCAGCGCCUCAGGGCACAGGGGCAGGUGCACAGCCCAGUUCCAUCACUCACUGGCAAACUGAAUGUAACCAGUGAAAACAGCAGGACACCACAGUACCAGGUCACUAGUGGUGAAUAUCAGCACAAGGAAAUUUCUGAGAGCAUUCCUGCUCCAGACAGACCCGAACUGGAAAGGCCCAGUCCAGCCCAGUCUAGACCAGCAACUCAGCAAAGUCCAGCCCAGUCUAGACCAGCAACUCAGCAAAGCCAUGCCGUGUCUCGGCCAGCCUCUACACAAAGCCAGGCCAAGUCCAGACCACUGACACAGGCCAGCCAAGAUCAAGAUCUGUAGAGCACCUAAAGCAUGAAAAAAUAGACUACAAGGUAAUGUAAUUAUAGUAUGGAGUUAGUGGUGAAAAUAUGAGUUUGUAUAUCAGAAUCUGAAUAUAAUUUCAAACAGGUUCUGUUCUUUAAUAAAUGCUUACUGAUGUUC